AUGUCAGCAUCCACGCACAUCCCGCUGACCCCGUCCGCCGCUGCAGCUAUUGUCGCAGCAACAACAUGCGACAUCUUCAAUACCUCCGACCAAGCCACUCGCCGCUCACUCAUGGAGCAGCACUGGUCUCCCUCUGUGACAUGUUACUCGCCUUUCGGUGUUGCUGCUGGCUUUGAUGGACUUGAUGAGGUCUAUAAUGGCCUCCACGCAGGCGAACAAUCCUCCUGGAUAUUCAAGAAAUCCGGCGACAUGUGGGUAAACUACGACGUGAUCAUGCAGGAAUGGACGUAUGGACCGGAAGUUGCAGAGGAAGGAAAGGGCUUGAAGGGCUGGGAUGUCAUUACUGUGGGAGAGGAUGGGACGGUCGAGAAGCUUUAUGCGUUCAUUGAGGGCAUGAAUAGCCAUGGGUGGUGA